CUGAUGGAGGUGAAGAGUCUGAUGAAGAGUCCGGUGAAGAGUCGUGGUCACAGCUGCUCGUUCUGCUCUAACGUCUCUAAAACCACUCAGCCACUCGACCCUUCUUCAUCCUCACCCUCCUCUUCGUCGUCUGUUCACUCAAACCUUUGUGACCGACGGUUCACAGCUGAUGUCAUCGUCACAUCACCACGUACAGUCACAUUCUAAUAUCAUGUCCACAUACUUUAGAUCCAUGUAACACAAUCAGCUGUCCAUAAAUCAUUCUGGUGUCCACAUAUUUCUGUCCACAAUGUAACGACUGAUGAGGUCAAGAACAUUUCACUGUGACUUGAUUUCCACAUAUUGUCAGGUGUCCAAAUACUUUGUCCACAUUCUGUACGAGGCUGCAGGUGCAUGAUGAUGCAGCAGCGCCACCUGCUGACCAAACCAGUGUUCACCGUCAGACAGCACAGACUCUGGCCCUCUGGUGGUCAGAGGGUGAACAGCAGCAAGAAGACCGGAAGAAAUACAGACAAACCACCACAAAGACUCAAAACAGGUUCAGGUUCAGGUUCAGGAUCAGGUACUGUGUCUUCCUGUCUUCAGGAGUUUGGACUCGUACGUUGGUUCCUGAUCUUCAGAGGAGACACACCUGUGGUACCUGGACCCUGACCUCGUCCAAUCAGCUCGCAGACGUGUCGACCUCAGGAGUCGCGUCUGAGGGUGGAGCCUCAAACCUUUACUCUCCGCCUCCACCAGCUCACAUGUCUGUCAGAGCAGCCAGCUACUGACUGACAGCAGCAACUGUGUGUGUGUGUGUGUGUGUGUUGGGCGUUGGUCAAAGGUGAGAUCCUCACAGAGAGUUUCUUCUUCUUCUUCUUCUUCAGUCCAACAGACGAUCUGUCAGAAACAGUGAAUUCAUCAAUAACCUCAUCAAUCAAUCGAGAUCAGCUGACUCGUCACUUCAACCGUCACAUCUCUGGAUCUCUGACAGAUCUUCACUUCAACUGUAGUUGUAAGACUGUACAGAUACUGACGAGGAAACAGAGUCUGUGACGUCUGUGACACAACAAACAUCUGGACUGAGAGGAACUGAGCAGAUGUUUGGUCUGGACUUGACCCACUGUGGGAGCUGAUGGGAGGAGCAGUGUGUCGGGAGGAGGUGACGGAGGUGACAGAGGAGAAGAGGAGCGUGGACGACAGUCUGACGUCAGCCGACAGAAUUCGACGAUUCACCGUCAAACAGUUUGGAUACAACGUCCUGAUUCUGGCUCGCCGAGGACUGAAGGACGUCCCUCACGAACUGUGGGAGUUGUUGGAGUUGGAGAAGCUGAAUUUGUCCCUCAACAGUCUGAAGGUUCUUCCUCCUCAGCUCUCUCUGCUCUCCAACCUGGUCGUCCUCAACCUGUGGGGGAACCAGCUGAGCAGUCUGCCAGCGGAAAUUGGACAGCUGAGGAGACUCCGAGUUUUAUUCGCCUACAGAAACAGACUGGCUGAAGUUCCUGAAGAGUUGGGAAACUGUUCACAACUGGAGGUGCUGAGUUUAGCCAACAACCAGUUGUCCUCGCUGCCUGCGUCUCUUUCUAAUCUGACCCGCCUGAGGAAACUCAACCUCAGCCACAACCACAUCGCUCACAUCCCAGGCUGCGUCUACAACAUGAAGGCACUGGUAUUUCUCCACCUGGCCUGUAACCACCUGGAGAACCUGGCAGAGAACAUCCAGGCUCUAGUAGAACUCAAGAUCCUCAUUGUAGAGGGAAACAGCCUCCACUCGCUGCCAAAGGCCCUCUGCUGCCUCACCAAGUUGGAGCUGCUGAAUCUGGACUUUAACGACAUUAAAGAUGUUCCGCAGGAGAUGCACCAGUUGUCCCGGUUGGAGAAGCUGGCCUGUCACCCUCUGGACAAAGGACUUCACAUCGUCCACAACCCACUGAUGAAGCCUGUGAAGGAAGUUCUGGAGGGAGGACUCACGGCCCUGUUCAACCACCUGAGGGCCGCAUAGAGCCCCGCCCCCUGACUGCAGGACAGGGCAUAGGCCCCGCCCCUGGUGCCCUACUGCAGGACAGGUCAUAAGCCCCGCCCCUGGUGUCUGACAGCAGGACAGGUCAUAAGCCCCGCCUCCUGGUGUCUGACAGCAGGACAGGUCAUAAGCCCCGCCCCCUGGUGUCUGACAGCAGGACAGGUCAUA